ACAUUUUCGCUGGAUCGCAAUGGACGGUCCGGAGGAUGAGCAAUCCUGCUAUGCGAUUCUGGGCGUGGAUCCCGCUGCCACUUCCUCGGAAAUCCGGCAGGCCUACCGCAAGUUGGCCUUAGCCAAGCACCCUGACCGCGGGGGCGAUCCAGCAGAGUUCGCCCGGGUGACCAAGGCCUACGAGGUGCUGUCUGACAGCAAAGCACGAGCCAAGUACGAUGCCACAGGGAGGACGUCCAAGCUCACGGCUGAGGAGGAGUUCAUAGAGGCCUUCCGCAGCUCCACUGCCGCCAACGCGGACGCGGAGUCCCGCCCCGCGGAGCCGCGCCGCGCCGCGCCGGAGCCGGAGUCAGCACCGCGGCGCUUCGCGUGGGAGCGCGGAAAUCGCAGUGAGCAGCAGAAUGGGCAGAGGCGGAGUGGAGGUGUGCACAGCUUUUCUGCAAACGUCGGAUCUUCCCGGCCAUCAUCGACCCCCGACUCAGCUGCCGGCUACAUCCGCCCCGACAACUUGGCGGGUGCCGUCCAGGAAGCCGCUGGGGGGCUGGAGGUGGGCGCGCGCGUGCGCAUCGUGGGGCUCCAGAAGCAGCAGCAUCUGAACUCAGCCAUGGGCGUCCUGGUGAAGUUCCAUGGGGACCGGUGGCAGGUGCGUUUGGAGGGCGACCUCGGGGACAAGCUCUUCCGCACUCAGAACCUGAUGCCGGCCUCCCGCAACGGUCCCUCCGCGGCCAGGGCCGCCGGCAGCAGCAACGGCAGCAACGGCUUCCGGCCCGAGCCGAGGGCGCAGGAGGCGGCGCCAGGACAUGCCAACGGCGUGGCGAGCACCAAUGGCACCCACGAAAGGAAUGGCACCACUGGUGGCCCAGAAAAGCGCGGCUUCAUGCGACCGCCUGCAGAUUACCUGCGCGCAGAUUCAUCAACGAUUGAGAUCUGCGGCAGCUGGAACAACUGGCGGCCGCAGCCCAUGAUUUUGGAACGCCAGCGUCGGUGUCACAAAUUCCAGGUGGUGCUCCCCUCAAGCGCGCCGGAGAGCUUCCAGCUCUUCGUAGCGGGCGACGGCCCGGGGCGCUGCCUGCACCCCGACCGGCCCGAGGCGUCGGUGCAGGAGUUCCACCGCCUGGUGGGGCCGGAUGACAACAGCCAGGGCCAUGGCUGGAGCAUUGGGAAACACCCGGAGGACCACGCCGCCAUGGGCGCGCGGUAUGAGGUGAUGCUGAUCUUCGCAGCCAAUGGGCGCCCGGAUCGCCUCGAUUGGGUGCGGCUGAACCCGCGGAGCGAGGCGCCGAAAACCACGCCUGCGAAAGCCAAAGCGAGGCCGGCGCCCUACGGUGGCCUCAGCAUGGGAGGCUUCCUACAAGCGGCCAAGCCCGAGUGGACGCAGAAAGAUAUCACCUCGGUCUUGGAGAGGUUGGGCAAGAUCACUGUGACGGACAUGAGCAGUUUGCUUCGCACCCUGCAGUCUGAGGGCUCCGCGGGGGUGAACCAAAGGUUCAAGGCUGUUGGGGAGAAGAGCUUCACAGAUUCAACUGUCAGGGCCUUGCGAGAGCACGCGAAGAAAGUUGCUGCACUUGAAGCCGAACGUUUGAACCCCAAGCCCAAGCCGAAAGCGGCGCCGCCAGCCAAUCCACUCGCGCCCUUGCCCACGCAGGAGUACAAGGUGGUGCACGACUUUGUGUAUUUGCGGCAAGAGCCAUCCCUGCACGCGCCCAUCCUGGGCAAACGUCAGCGUGGCGACACCUUCCACGCCUCCGAAGAGACCUGGGAUGGCUGGGUGAAACUGCAUGGGCAGCCUGGCUACAUCAUCAAGGACAUGGGUGGCCUCUCAGGCAUCGGCAAGGUGCUGAGUCAGCUGGGCCGCGCCCUGCCCUUGGUGCUGCCGGAGCCGCAGGGCUCGCCGGAGCCGUUGACCUUUGAGGUGGUCUACCAGCCCUUUGUGGCGGUGAGAACGGGACCCUCCAAGACGCGACCCAUACAGGGCACCCGCAAGUUUGGUGAACGGCUCCGCGCUGAGAGUCAGGGCUACGGCGGCUGGGUGCGCGUGGUACAGGAGGAUGGAGGCGGUUGGAUGUUAACCUUGGAUGAUGAGCUGGGCCAGCUUUUGGCCUGCAAAACCGUGGACGAGCGAAGGAAACAGGUGUCUGCCCUGCGCCAUGCCGACCGCAACAACGUGGCGCAGCUGACAGAAGCGAUUGCUGGAGCUCGCAGGUGCGGUGUGAGGGGCAUCGAGUUGGAGCAAGCAGAGGCUGAUUUGCGGCAACUGCGUGAACGAGAGGCCUCGCGGAAGGAGCUGCUGCAGCGCGCCGCCGCGGCGCAGAGCGAUGUCCGGGAGGAGCGCCUGCGGCGCUGCGUGGAGGAAGCCGAGCGGCAGAACUUCGUCCAGGAGAAGAAGGCUAUGGAAGAAGCCCUGGACAAAAUGGUCAGCGUCAAGAUGGAGACCCAGCGAGAGCACGACCUGCUGCUGGAACAGCUGGCUGAAGCCGCGAAGGGUGGGCAGGUGGCAGACAUAAAGGCAGCCCGCAACGCAGCCAAAGCUGCUGGCGUGCCGAUGAAGGAGAUUGCGCGAUGCGCAGAAGUUCGCAACAAAAGGUGUGUUCAUUUUGGGGAUGGUUUCUACCAACUUCUGGGCUCAAAGGGGGGGGGACAUGGGACAUGGCUCGCUGCCCGAAGUGAGCACGCGGCGGCAAUCGCGUCACGCGGCAUCAUGACAGCUGUGGCUCCCAUGUUUGAGUUGCCAGUGCCAGCGUGGAAUGUGCCGGUUUUUGCCAUAUACCCUGUGGUGCCCAUGCCAUUGGCACUGCCUGUGGUGGGUAUGGCGACGCCAUUUCACUGGCAGGGCACAGAGGAUGAAGGUUCAAGAAUGAGAAAGGCCAUGGCAGCGAUGCCGGUUCAUUUUUCUCUCUGCGAGGAGCCUCGGAGAAAGAUCCUGUGCUACGGUGACAGCCUCACGGCCGGCUUCUUCGCCGGGGGCCUGAAAUUCGACCCCUACGGGCGGACCAUGUCUGAGGUUCUGGCUUCUGGAGGAAUCUAUGCGCAGGUCUCGGUGUGUGGGCACAGUGGCUGCACCACACGAGAGAUGCUGGAUGCCGCGGAAACAGACCUUGCAGAUGUAGUGGGCUGCACAGGCAAUGGCCUCUGCAAGAUCUUGGCUGAGCAGGACUUUGAUCUAGUUAUCAUCAUGUCCGGCACCAACGACAUGGGUAGAGGCACCCAUUCCGACGCCAUUGUGGAGGACCUGAGCCAGUUGCACGCCAUUUGCCAUAGUCAAGGUGUACCAACGCUGGCGUUGGCACCACCUUCAGCCCCUAGAUUUGAUUUCUCACAGGAGAUGCAACGUCAAUACAUUCACAGCCAGCUUUGCAGCCUGGCCAGCACCACGCCGUACCUUUUGGGCUGCAUCGACCCAGCUGAGCUGGUGUCUGUAGCAGAUGGACAAUUCUGGGAGAGCGACGGCCUACACUUUGCGCCAAGGGGCUCGCAGGUGCUGGGGCAAAACUUGGCCCUGCUGGUUGCAUCCUCACUGGCGGACAACUCCCCAGAUGUCACCGCUUGAAUCUCUCACUGGUGGCAGCUGAUGGUGAUCUUUUGAGUAAUGUAACCUCCAGUAAACUCACAGUGUGCUGCU